AUGUCUAAUACAUUGUAUUCCUAUUACAUUCUCUUGCAGAAAUCAGCAAUCAGUAAUAAAAGGCUGUUUGGUAAAACAACUACAUACCCUACAGAUGGAUAUAAAAGAGCAGAAUUACUUCGGGAAAAAUGCUCUUCCUCUGUUAGAAAUCUGCAUGCGAGAGUUCGAGUAUCUUAUAAUAAAGCACAUAACAUUCUUUAUUGUCCCCUUUGUAAAAUAGCAUCAACAUUCUGGACUCGUGCUUUUAAAACGUUUGAAUAUGAAAAGAGAGCAUUAGCUAAGAAGCAUCCUUACGAAAUAAAGAUUUCAGAUGCUCCAAGAAGUGAUUUGUACUUUGACACAUCUAGCGAAUACAUCAAAAGAUCACACGGCAGUAGAAGUAAAAUAAACGCUAAAGGUUCGUUUAAAUUCUUAUUUGUUAGAAAUCCAUUCAGAAAAUUGUUUUCAGCAUUUGUUGACAAAAUUGUUGGACCCAAUCCAAUAUUUUGGAAAGUAUUUAAAACGAAACCUGAAUAUUACGAUGUAGUUAACACAUUGUGUGGUGCUGACCUCAAGUUUGGACAAUUUCUAAAAAAUAUUGUUCAGACAGUUCAGUUAAACAAUACACUAGACUGCCAUGUGAAGACAUUUAAUGCAUGUGAACCUUGUGCAAUGAACUAUACAUUUGUUGGGAAAAUGGAGACUUUUAAAGAGGAUACAUUUCAUAUUUUGUCUAAAUGCAACCAAAAUGAAACAUUUGAAAAAUUGGCCAUUUUUGAAAAGCAGUUUAGUUCAUUACAUGCAGAUGAUGCAAUCGACGAUUCAAUAACUAGUCCAUUUAGUUGGACGGAUGAAAUACGAAAAUGUAUUCCAUGGGCCGAGGCUUUGCAAAGAAUAUGGAGAAAACUACAGAUAAGAGGGGUGAUUGGUAUGCAAGCAUUUCCUCUAAGUGACAGAGAAGCUGAGAGAAUUAAUGAAACAAAGUUUAUCGAACUUGUUAAGAAGACAAGGCUUAGAACGACGUCUAAAGAAAGGCAAUGGCAAAAGGAAUACGCUUUCAUGGAAGCAUAUCAAACUGUUCCCUCUAAUGUUAUCAAUGACAUCAGAAAAAUAUAUUCUCGUGAUUUUAAGUUAUUUGAUUACGAUGAUAUACCAAAUAACUUGUUUAAGACUGAUGCGUCGAUUUUAGAUUUUAAGUUUUUAGAUUAUUCUAAUGUAAAGGAAAACUAUUAUCCUAAUAUAAAGAAAUCCCUUCUUUAG